UGUGUGAAACUAGAAAAUAAAUAUCUGAUAAAAAUACUCGAGGCGUACCAGGGGUAGCAAAAGUGUACUUCAAAUUGCUAAACAAUGUUUCACCUGAGGGCUAGUGUAUUUAAACCGGAUUCUAUGGUCGUUCGUCAAAUGGCAACGCUGAAGAGGUUUUAUCGAAAAACCAAUAUUUUGUCGAGUGGGGAUCAAUACGAGGUGACGUUAGAUCAAAGAAAACUGAAGACUCCCAGAGGUAAGGUUUUUGAAGUCAACAAUAAACCUUUGGCUCUCGCUAUAGCCACAGAAUGGGACAGUCAAGUAGAUACUAUCGACAGAUCCAACAUGCAUUUGACAGCGCUGGCCAGCACUACUUUAGACAACCCACAUAACCAUACUAAAUUGGAUAUGGUCAACUACAUAGUCAAUUACUUAGAAACAGAUACCAUUUUGUUUCAAACAAACGAUUCUGGGGAGCUAUACAAUCUUCAAUUAAAAGAAUGGGACCCCUUGAUCCAGUGGUUUUGUGAUCGUUUUCAAUUAGAUAUUACCAAGACCCUGAGUAUCGCAGCACCAUCAGUUUCCUCUCAAACUAAAGGAAUCUUAGCUAGGCACUUGUUGUCCUACAAUUUCAAUGCCGUGCAAGGAUACACUUAUGCUGUCGAUGUUUUGAAGUCUGUUAUUCUGGCAUUAGCAACUGCAGAGAGAGUUAUUUCAACAGAAAAAGCAGUUUCCUUGGCACGAUUAGAGGAAGAAUUUCAGGUAUCGUUUUGGGGAAACGUUGAGUGGUCACAUGAGCUCAGUAAACAAGACCUACAGUCACGUUUGUCAGCCGCGAUACUUUUCGUUCAUCUAAACUCAUCUUGGACUACUUCUAAGCCAAAGCACGAAGAGUUAAACAGCGUAUGAAUAGAAAAAGUCCUAAAAUCUACCUGAGACUAUGAAAAACGAAGUUUUCUUUUAUUUAGUAUUUAUCACUAAUUAAUUAAUACCAAUUAUUUGUUGUAAUUGUGAAUCUGUCUAGUUUUUUUGGCAGCAAACAUUACGGCAGUGAUGAGAUUGUUUUUACCAAUUGUGAACAAUCUGGUCCUUCCCAAUCCUUGGUACAGACGCAACUGAAAAUAAUGAUCAUGCUAUCAGUUACACACAUGUGUUGAAAUUUCUUUGUAAAUAAAAAAGACACUUAGAACA